CCGGUAACGCUGGAACUUGCGCACAGCCAACUUAGUUUCUCGUUCAGUGUAGUUUGCGUCGGACGCGUGUCGAUCGUGCUCCUAAUAGCGAUUAUUUACAUGUACUCAGUGCAUCGUGCAUUCCCAGUGCACCAGUCUGUGUGACUCCUGGACGCCCGAUUACGUUGCAUGGAUUAAAAAGCGACAAACGACGAGGGUGUCUUGCAUGAUGGAAAGCUGACCUGAGUGGAACCCCCGAGACCACCAGAUCGUGUUUCCGUAGCCCUUCGCUUUGUGAUCUAGUGUUCAAUAAGAGGUUGUUCGAGGUUGUGCAACGUCGCCGGGAAAGGUCGUGUUAGUAUGUCUCGCCUGGACCCGCCCCCCCGGUAAUCCCAGUGAAUGACAGCCAUAUGCAGCAGCAGCCUGGGCAGCAUGAACAUCAUCAAGCACGAGAUGAUUUACCGUGACGAUGACGUGCUGCUUGUGAAGUCCGAACCCCAGUUACACUCCCCGUGCGGCACCGGCAGCAGCAACGGGCUGUCUUCCGGGAGCGCCGCCAUCGGCACGAACCUCCUCUGUGCCAACACGAACAACGGCCUGGUGACGACCUUGGCGAGCAGUUCGUCGUUGAACGGCCUCACCAGCAACGCGCCCGUGGUGCCCAGCAAUGGACUGACUUCGAACGGACCGUUCAACGCGAUCGGUGGUGGUGGUGGUGUUAGUGCUAACAAGAGGCAGCGGACCGACGACUGGCUCAGCUCGGCUAGCCCCGGCACCAUCAGCGGGAACGUGCCGCCGCUGACGCCCUCGCCGGGACCCCCCUCCCACCCCUACACCGUCAUCAGCAACGGAUACUCCUCGCCCAUGUCCUCCGGCAGCUACGACCCGUAUAGUCCCAACGGAAAAAUAAGCCGCGAGGACCUCUCCCCCAGCAGCCUCAACGGUUACAGCGCCGACAGCUGCGACUCGAAGAAGAAAAAGGGCCCCACGCCCCGUCAGCAGGAGGAACUGUGCCUCGUGUGCGGCGACCGCGCCUCGGGCUACCACUACAACGCCCUCACGUGCGAAGGAUGCAAGGGCUUCUUCAGACGCAGCAUAACGAAGAACGCGGUUUACCAAUGCAAGUACGGCAACAACUGCGAGAUAGACAUGUACAUGCGGCGAAAGUGCCAGGAGUGCCGGUUGAAAAAGUGCCUCAGCGUCGGGAUGAGGCCCGAAUGUGUGGUGCCGGAAGUGCAGUGCGCCGUCAAGAGGAAAGAGAAAAAGGCGCAGAAGGAGAAGGACAAGCCGAACAGCACGACGAACGGCUCGCCGGACAUCGUCAAAGUCGAACCAGAAGUAAGUAAUUGUCGAUCGGCAAGAGAUCUUCAAUUUCUCCAAUGUGAUUUCUUCGGUUCGCAGUUGUCUGAUUCGCCAAAGACAUUGUGUAACGGAAACAAAGGCAUCUCGCCGGAGCAAGAAGAGCUCAUACACCGGCUGGUGUACUUCCAAAAUGAAUACGAACACCCCUCCGACGAGGAUGUCAAGAGGAUCAUUAACCAGCCGAUCGAAGGCGAAGAUCAGAGCGACAUUCGGUUUAGGCAUAUCACCGAAAUCACCAUCUUGACGGUGCAGCUGAUAGUGGAGUUUGCGAAGAGGCUACCAGGCUUCGAUAAACUCCUCAGGGAAGACCAAAUUGCUCUCUUGAAGGCAUGUUCCAGCGAAGUCAUGAUGUUCAGGAUGGCGCGCCGUUACGAUGUGGAGACGGAUUCGAUCCUGUUCGUCAACAACCAGCCCUACUCCAGACAAAGCUACAAUUUGGCCGGCAUGGGGGAAACCAUUGAAGAUCUCUUGCAUUUUUGCAGAACUAUGUUUUCGAUGAAGGUGGAUAAUGCGGAGUACGCGUUGUUGACAGCUAUCGUCAUUUUCUCAGAGCGCCCGGCGCUGAUCGAGGGUUGGAAGGUGGAGAAGAUCCAGGAGAUCUACCUGGAGGCUCUGCGGGCGUACGUCGACAACCGAAGGCCGAAAGACAAGGCCGCCACGAUAUUCGCGAAGCUCCUGUCGGUGCUGACCGAGUUGCGGACUUUAGGCAACCAAAAUUCGGAGAUGUGCUUCUCGCUGAAGCUGAAAAACAAGAAGCUGCCGCCGUUCCUGGCGGAAAUCUGGGACGUCGACCUGAAGACAUAGUAGAGGCGACGUACCGACAGGUGGAUGUUUGCUGCUGUUUGGAAAGCGAAUAAAUACGACUUAAUAAUGGCAGUGGAUCGGCUCACCACCGAAAGUUGGCUGUGAAAUAUGUAAAUUUUUUUAUUAUUAUUAUUAUUAUUAAACGAAUGUUGGACGGCAUCUAGAGAAAAUGUUAUUACUGAGCAUAGAUUUAUUUAGAUAAUUACAUAGUGAAUAUUACUCGAUGAAUCAAACUAUUAUGUAGAUUUUAUAAAUGCCUGUAUAAACUCUGCGACUUUUGUAAAACACUUUAUCUUGGCAAUUUGCUUACUUAAUUGGUAAGACUGGACCGGACUGACUUAACAGAGGUGCCUUCACUUGAAAUACGGAUCAUACGACUGAGGGCAGGUGCAAAUUAUGACAAUUACAAUGCCAGUAGAGUAUAGGCCGACUGGAAAAUGAUCUGAAAUUUUGAAAAAGUGCAAUUUAAUUUUAUUUCAAAUUUAAAAAUGUAAAACGAAGCGUUAACGACUAAAGCACCAAUCUACGGCGAAAGGAGGCAGAAUUACUUCAAAUCGUUAUAACAAAGAAGCAGCCGUCCGCUAUUAAUUCAAAAUAGUGAAACGUGAAGUGAUUCGGAUCUGACAGUGAUCAGCGACGAGGACUCGUGCCAUUUUAUCCGGGCAUCUGUCAUACAUACGUAUAACCACACUAUACAACAGACUAUCCUGCCUUUACAAACUAUUGAUGUUUAACUCUUCAAUGUGUAGUUGUAGCCUACUCAUUUUUAAACUGUACUGUAUAGUUUCUGCAUUCGUGCUCUGCUGCUAGAUGCGCUCGUAAUUAUACGACAUAUUUUUCAUCAGUGUAGAUAGAAAACAUACAUAUUUUCAUAAAAAAAAAAAAAACACAAGAGACAGAUGUAUUUUUGUUGGACACCGGGUUAUUUCUUCGCGUGCGACAUCUAUAUUGCCUUGCCACAUAUUCAAAGCACACGGUUUUUGUUCACGCCGGGAGUCAACCAACACCCAAAUUGUUGAUACUACUCGUCGUCGACGACGACACCCGAAAACCCAAGCACUUUCGAAAAUCGUUCAGGUGCCAUGAACGACCGUGAACCUGACACGCCCACCGCUCUUAUUCUAUUAAUACGAGCUACUUCAUCGACGGAUUAAAAAAAGUUUGUUUAACGUGCUCGCUUUUAUUGAUUUUACGAUCUUAAACAGAUCGCCGGGAAUAUUUAUUAUUUUAUUUUAAGCCCGGCGCGCAUAAAUCGCAUUUAUUCCGGGCUCUUACGGACAAGACAAUGCCCCGUCGACAACCACAAAAUAUCCAAUUGAGGUGAUCUACAACGUAUUUUAUUUUAAAUUUCCCGCGCUCGAGGUGACACAAAAUGGAUACGUCAUUCGUUCGGAGCGACGAAUAGCCUUGAUAAAGCAUUCGUUGUUACGGUUCAAUGAUUGUCAAUCAUAAACAAUAUUGAUUUUUAUUCAUUAUCAUGAUUAGAAAUUCGUCAAGGACAAAGUUGUGUUACCUACCACGAACCAAUCAAUUUUCCUCGAGUGUGUCAAUAAAUAAACACUGAGGCUUUAAUUCGUCAUAAAUUAUACUAAAUUGUGUUUAUUGGUCGUUCAUCGCACCAGGACCGACUCAAAUUAUAGUCAAAGACGUACUUUUUUUUUAUAAAAAUUUAAAACGCAGUGACGCUUUUCACGAAAGGUUAAUGGCAUCAGGUUUGACGUCAGAGGGUUGGAUUCGAUUGAAAGUCGCCACAUUACUGUAAUUUAGCCGUCAAUGAAAUUUGUUAUUGGAACUUUGGCCAACUCUAAAUCAAAAUGUUUUGCGAUUUUCGUAAGUCUCGAGGUGUCGAUCGUGUAAGCGUGGUGUAUUUGGAGUCCGUUAGGGGCAAAGUGCGUCGAGGUCCGCGAAGCGUACAAAAGUGAAAAAAUUAAUGGUACAAAGUUUUCAGGAAGUUCUCGUUAUAUUCUUACUUAACGGUUGGCUCCUUAGUUCUCACUGCCAACAGUGGCUCUGUCUCUCACUCAUCCAUCAUGAUAUCACGUACGGUGUCUCACUCGAUGUCUGCGUCCAUGCAGUCUUUGUUUCGUCGUCGGAUCAAUUCAAAUCAGGCACAAGUAAUUUCUAAUAUGUAUAACGUUGAGUCACUGCCAAAUUUUUUGGACUGCCAUUCACUCCAACUACGAUAGAUUUUUUCAUAUUCAAUGUGUAGCGACUGCAUGGAUCCGUUACUGUGUACAUGUCCGCGGCUAGCGCGGUUCGCGCCGCCGCCGCAAGGUGGCGCUCGCGUUGCGGCGGCUCGUGGUCUUGUAGCUUAAACUGUAUUUCGAUUUUGUUUGAUUCAGUGUGUUGUUACAUGACAAGUAGCAUGGGAACACGGACCGGUGUGAUUCUAGCUAGCAGAUUAAUUUGGACGACUCCGUCAUCUCUCGGUUCGUAGCGAAGAUUCAUUAAUUAGGAGAACUUAAGUAUGUAUGAUAAUUGUAAAUAAACUGGUUUGAAAUCAGGUUUCGAGAUAAGUUGCGUCUUUUGUGUUGUUUCACUUCUUUUGUCCGAGCAGGACGCAAAGAAACUCGACCGUGCCUGCUUGCACACAGAAGAGUCCAUUCCUACUACGAGUGAACUAUAUAAUAUUUAGACUUAUUGAAACGUGCAAUAUGUACAAAUUUUACUAAUUUACUUUUUUUAUAUAUCAUUAAUUAAGUACUGUAUAUCGAGAUGAUUACUAUUAAUAAAAUACGUGUUACUUUUAUACUGAGCAUACUGAGUGGCAGUAUUAUACGUUUAAAACGGCAACCGUUCUGACGAAUUGCCCAAUUUUGUCAGUUAGGUUGAAGCAACCCCGAAAAUUAAAAACGGUAGUUUGCUCGAAACAGCCAUGUUCGUGCGGUGGCGCCGAUCGACCACUCGAUUCGUGGGCUAACGAAUUUGAAGAUUUUGAAGUUACCUUUCAUUUUCAUUCGAUUUGGGACGAUUCGAGUGCCCGGUCGUCUGCCACCGCUCCUGUUUUAUUACUAUUGAAUUGACGAGUUAUAUUUAAUAUUUAAUGUACAGAUGACUAUUUGUUGUUUUCGUUUCCUCUCAUGACUGCUUCGAGCGUGGAUGCCUUAAAUCACAGUUGACCUGUAAAUCGAGUGUUGUUCGAACAGUUCGAUGAAUAUAUUUUGUGCAGUAAACAUUAAAUUACUAGAUA